AUGAAAAUAGUCGCUGGAGGUACUGUGAAUACUAAGAAAAGAAAGGGAGUAUCAGAUAGUGAUAGAAAAAGAGCUACGUAUAGUUGUGAUCGUUGUAAGGUAAAGAAAAUUCGUUGUGACAGGCUGGAUUCUAACAAGGUGAAGUAUGAUAGUACCACAUCAUGUGUACAAUGCAAUGAAUCUAGGGUUUCGUGCACUACAACAGCACCGAGGAAGAAGAGAACUUACUAUUCAAUGAGCGAUACCUCAAGGCAUCAGUUGAAAUGCUUGAUAUGCAUUGCGAAAGCCGUUUUCCCAGACAAGAAUCCAAAUGAUCUAAACGAUUUGUCAGAUAUUGCCAAGAGUUUGAGGAUUGAACUACCAGGAGGUAAUGAAAUAUUUGAUGACAACGGAAAGAACCAGGUGGAAAGUUAUACAAAUGUUUCAAUAUUACAGGAUAGCGAAAUGGACAAAAAUAUUGAUCGUACUGAUCAAACACACAAUGCAGCUACCAGAAGUUUUUUGACUCUGAAGCCGGUUGUCACAGACAGAAAUGAAAACGCUUCCUCAUAUGGGCUAGAGGGAACACUGGGAUUACUAAAAGCUCUUCUUGGAAUCGCUGCUGAUGUGCCGGAUAACGCUAAUAAAGAAGACGAUAAUUUUCUUAACCAGAAACCUAUAAAAGCACCAAUGAAUAAUGAUAAUAUAGAUACAAUUAUGCAAUUGUUUCAAAUUCGACAAUUUCAUCCGGCAUCUUUGAUAUCGAAAGCAAAUGCUGAUUAUUAUGUGAAUUUUUUUUUUGAAAAUGUCCAUCCUGGAUACUUUAUUUUCGAGGAACAAGAGUUUAGAAGAAAGCAUGAAUGUUUUUUUAGAGAUAUUGACUCAUAUAGACCAUACAAUAGCUUGAAAGCCAUUACCAAUGAACAAAUAUGCUGCAUCUACAUGGUUUGGAUCUUGGGGAAAGAAUUCAGUCUCUCAAUUCAAGAAGAUAUUUCAGACAACAUUCUAAAUCUGUGUGUCGGUGUUGUAACGCUUUUGCUAGGCGAUAUUAUCAUACAUCCUUCUUUAGAAGGAAUAAGACUGAUUUACCUUACUGCCUUGUACUUCGAAUCGCAGAAGAAGAGAGAAACUUCAUGGCAGUUGUUUGAAUUAGCUUCUCAACAAUGUAUUAGCUUGGGAUUUCAUCGACAAGCCGAUAUUGCAAAUUAUCCAGAGAAUAUUCAAGAUGAGAUUAAAGUUGUCUGGUGGUCAAUUUUUCGAAUUCAAAUGAAUAUAAAUUCUUCUUUGGGUAGAGCUCCGUCAGUCUCAAUUGAAACCAUAGAUAUUGGCUUACCAAGUCUCAUUAUGAUAAAAGAUGAAUUGUUUAAAGAUUAUUUUGCAUCAUCGGUCGGCUUAUUCAAAAUAAUGUACAGAAUUCUAAAUCUUAGAAGGAAGUUAUAUAUAAGCAACGAGCCGUUAAGCACCGGGAACAUUGAAAGUCUAACUCAAAUUAAGGUAAUGCUAAGUGAAUGGUUUAGUGGAUUGAGUCAACCGUUGAAAGAAUAUUGGAUAAUGAGGCCUGUAAAAAGGUACCAGUUGAAGCUACAUCUACAAUAUCAUUAUCUUUGCAUAACAUUGACGUUACCGUAUUUAUUGUACGUAUCAAAAAGGUUAAAAGAGCUAAAGUUAACGAAUUAUAAGAAUUUGAUCGAAAGUUUAUGUCAAGGGAUUAAAGCAGCAGAAACUAUAUGUGAUGUGAUCUAUUAUUCUGGAAAGAGUGGUCACUUUAAUGGUAUAUUACAUUAUGAUAUGUUUUAUGGCUAUAAUGCAAUGAUGGUUUUGGUAUUGACUUACGUUUUAAUCCACGACCAAACUGAUUCAACUUAUCAAUAUCGGUCGAAUUGCACCUACUUCAGGAAAACUUUAAGCGAUUUUGGCAUUGACCGAACAACCAAUUUACGAGCAAUUCAUCGUAUGCAUCUUGUAAAUGUAAAGCAUUCCAGUCGUGUAGAAGGCUUGAUGAAAGAGGCAUGCGAGAAUAUAAAGUUUAUGAUAAAGCGGUUUGGCCUACUAAAGGUUUUAAAUAGCAAAUAUGGAUCACCUAGAAAUGAGAAUUACAGUGCGUCUUUAUCUGCAGAUGAUGAUGACAAUAAUUUUGUUCCGCUUUCUCCUAGCAAUUCCUCUGUUUAUGGGCUUAAUUUAUUUCUGAAGGAUACAGAGAAUCAGGAAUGUGACCUUUUCCUGUUCGGCUACAGUGAUUUUGAAUUAUCGACCAUCAUUUUUAAUGAGAACUUUCGUUCUCAUCUCGAACAGAGAUAG